CACAAGUCACACAAUUCUUGCUUUGACAAGCUUUCUUAUCCUCAUUCACAUGCAUUUCCUCCCUUUGUCCCUCUCUCUCUUAGCGUUGACUUUUGAUAACCCCAAGAUGCUUCAAUUUACAUUGUCUUAUAUCAAAUGGCUGACCAAACCUCACCAUUAUUUCUCUUAUUCCUCUUCCAAAACCCAUUAAACAAACCCAUCAAACCAAACCCGCCAUGAACACCUUCCAACCACCGCCACCGCCGGAGAUGCCGGACUACAACGGCCUCCUCGGCACAGACGACAUAGGAGGAUUUCGAUACGGAAUCGGAGUCUCCAUCGGAGUCCUCCUCCUCAUCACCACCAUCACCCUCACCUCCUACUAUUGCACACGUAACCAGCUCUCUUCUUCACCUUCACAGACCAGUCAAGAUUCGACACGUAUCCAUCAUCAUCACCACCAUGUCAUCAUUGACGUCGUCUCCGGUCUUGACGAAGACACCAUUCAAAGCUAUCCUAAGAUCCUCUACUCGGAAGCAAAGGGACCAACAACGGCGUCAUGUUGUGCCAUUUGUUUAGGAGACUACAAGGGAAAACAUCUGCUGCGGCAGCUACCAGAUUGCAAUCAUCUCUUCCACCUCAAAUGUAUUGACACGUGGCUUAGACUCAAUCCCACGUGUCCCGUCUGUCGGACUUCGCCGCUUCCAACUCCUCUGUCCACUCCCCUCGCCGAGGUUGUCCCCUUAGCCUCCUCUGUCGCCGCCACAAGGAUGUCCUAAUUUUUUGUUUAUUUUAUAACCGAAGAACGCCUCAAUCUAACUAAUCU